AUGGUAAAACUGUGUGGCAAAGAACGUCUGCAUAAAAUCCGAGAAAACUACUGGAGGAGACAUGAGAGAACACAUACAGACGGGAAACCUUAUGAGUGUCACCAGUGUGGGAAAACCUUUCAACGGCUUGCUUUUUUAACUCUGCAUGCCAAAAUUCACUCAGCGGAGAGACCUGUUCAAUGUAUGGAAAGUGAAAAGACCUUUUCACGGUCGGAUCACCUCGUUAAACAAAGAGGAAUUCACACAAGAGAAAGACAACAUGAAUGUAAGGAAUGUGGGAAAGGAUUUUUACGUUCCAGUCACCUCAUUAGACAUAAAAGAAUUCAUGGAGGACAGAGGCCCUAUAAAUGCAAGGAAUGUUCGAAGACCUUUUGUCGCUUGUUUCAUCUUAGAAGACACACAAGAACACACACAGGAGAGAAGCCUCAUGGAUGUAAAGAAUGUGGGACACCAUUCCCACGGUAA